GUGUAGGCCAGCAUGGCAAAGACGGCUCUUUGACACCCUUCUAUUUAGCAGUUUUGCCUUCUAAUUUUUUGUUACUGACAUUUAGUAAAUUUAGCAAAGAACUCUUAUUAUUCUAUGUAAAUCAAUCGAUAUAGGUUUUGCAAUUGUAUAUUUGAAGUAUUAAUAUCGGGAUAAUUUACCAAUUAUUUAAUUAAUAAAUCGCAUGAUUUUUUAUACAUCAAAAGGAUAAAUAAUUCCCAUAAAAUGGGUGGUCUAUUCAGUUAUUUUAGAAAUUUGAUUGGGAGUCGUGAGAUGCGAAUUUUAAUUUUAGGUCUUGAUGGUGCCGGCAAGACUACUAUUUUAUACAGACUUCAAGUUGGCGAAGUAGUCACGACGAUACCUACCAUUGGAUUUAACGUUGAACAAGUAACAUAUAAAAAUUUAAAAUUUCAAGUAUGGGAUUUAGGAGGACAAACGAGUAUAAGACCUUACUGGAGAUGUUAUUAUUCAAAUACAGAUGCAGUCAUUUAUGUAGUCGAUUCAGCAGACCGUGAUAGAAUAGGAAUAUCAAAGGAUGAGCUUUUAUACAUGUUAAGGGAAGAUGAACUUCAGGGAGCAAUUCUAGUAGUUUUAGCAAAUAAACAAGACAUGCCAGGUUGUUUGAGUGUUGCAGAAGUACAUCAAGCACUUGGGCUUGACGCUUUAAAAAAUCGGACAUUCCAAAUUUUCAAAACUUCAGCCAAAAAAGGCGAAGGUCUUGACCAAGCAAUGGACUGGCUUGUAAAUGCUUUGCAGAGUAGAAAAUAAUUUGCAUAAUUAAUUUUAUCAAGACCAAAUUUUUGUAUUUUAUGUUUGUGAGGAAUGAUGAUAAAUUAAUUUUUACUUAAAACAGUGUCUGACUGAGUAAGUAUGAGUGUGAUGUGUCAACUAAAAAUCAAGUGUAAAUUUUUGUGACUGUUACAAAACUUGAAUUUUAAUUACAAACUAAGCGAUGAACUGUAUAUGCGAAUGAUUUUUUCUUUUAUUUUAAGUAUACAUUGAUUCAAUAGAUAUUAA